UCCCGCCGGCACAGACGUGCCGCUGCUGGCCCCGCCCCUAUAUAAGGGGCGGCCUCAACGCAGCCGUGAUCGCGGCCGUCGCGUCUCCCGCAGCCGACCUGCGCUCGGGCACCAUGGCAGACCAGUCUUUUGUGACUCUAGCCACAAAUGACUCCUAUGUGAAAGGAGCAUUGGUACUUGGUUCAUCCUUGCAACAGUACAGAACAACAAGGAAGCUGACUGCACUGAUAACUCCUCAGGUCUCAGAUCUUAUGAGGAGAGUGCUGGAAAAAGUAUUUGAUGAAGUCAUAUUGGUAAAUGUCUUGGAUAGUGGGGAUUCAGCACACUUGGCAUUAAUGAAAAGACCUGAGUUGGGCGUCACACUAACAAAGCUUCACUGCUGGGAACUGACACAGUUUUCAAAGUGUGUUUUCAUGGAUGCAGACACAAUGGUUUUGUCAAAUAUAGAUGAGCUUUUUGAGAGAGAAGAGCUGUCUGCAGCACCAGAUCCAGGCUGGCCUGACUGUUUUAAUUCAGGAGUUUUUGUUUACCGACCUUCCAUUGAAACGUACAGUCAGCUGCUGCAGUUUGCCACAGAGAAAGGCAGCUUUGAUGGUGCAGAUCAGGGGUUAUUAAACACCUUCUUCAGCAGCUGGGCAACAACAGACAUGAGCAAACAUCUACCGUUUAUUUAUAAUUUGAGCAGCACUUCUGUAUAUUCCUACCUUCCAGCAUUUAAAGCGUUUGGUGCAAAUACUAAGGUGGUGCAUUUCCUGGGAAGUACAAAGCCGUGGAACUAUACAUAUGAUUCCAGAACAAAAAGCAUAAAGGGCAACAUGGAUGACCCUAAACUAGUUCACCCAGAAUUCCUCAACAUGUGGUGGGAUACCUACAUAGCUGAUGUUUUACCACUACUAGAACAGCAUGGAAUUGUUAAAGAAAUUCCUACAGGAGUAAAUAUGCUAUCGGGCUUGGUCUAUACUCUGGCUUUCUCUUGUGGCUUCUGUAGAGAGGCAGAAGUUACAGAGGCAGUGUCCCACGUAUCAGUAUCGCCGCUAUUACCGACUGAAUCUUCAGAAGAACGCAAGGAACGAUGGGAACAGGGCCAAGCUGACUAUAUGGGAGUGGAUUCCUUUGACAACAUCAAGAAGAAACUUGAUACCUACCUUCAGUAGAAGUGCCUGUCUCAAACAGUGGUGAUGCAAGGACUUGUUCCAGAACUAACAGCUAGAGAGGUAUAGAUGGUGGUCAGUUACACUUGCUAGUAGCUUGAGAAAAACUUCUUGGCUGAAGGCCUCUGCAGUGCUACAGAUGAAGACUGAGCAAAAGCUAGGAAGCAGAAUCCUUGGGCCACCUAUUACUGCCCAAUUUCCAAUUCUCCCUACUAGAUAAAACCAGGUAUUUUCAGCCUAAAAUUUCUUCUGUUUUGAUAAAUUGGCUCAACAUAUUAUUUAAACUGGGUUUGUUACCUCACCUCAUUAAGGUGAUUAGCAUUGAUUCCUUUGCUUGCUGUUUUAGAUGUAAAAUCUAAUUCAUGGGAUUGCUCAUACACUGGAGUGGUAGCCAUUCUGCUUUACCAUAAAUGUAUUAAGGAUACUGGGAAUACAUACAGUUGUAACAGUAAUAGCACUGCUUUGCUCUUCCAGUCACAAUUGCACUGAAAUUUUGACCAGGUUCUUACGCACAGUGCCUGCAGCAUGGCAGAAUGCGUUUUUCAGUUCUGUAUACUAUGGGACUAGUAAACUGAGUUUUAUCUGUUCCUUGCAAUGUUGCACUUGAUACAAAAAUAAAAAGUUGUCAUGCA